UGUAUUGGAUCAGAUCAGACCACCGCUUCGUGAUUAAAUUAGGCAGGUGCAGGUUGAAGUAGGCGGCGGGACUGAGGGACUAGCAUACGCCACCGCCCUGCCCCUGCGUGUGCGUGUCCUUCAUUUCUUUCUUUCAAAUGAGAGCAUUGCCUCUCUCCUUCCUCCUCCUCCUCCUCCUCCCUCUCUUUGCUCUCCCCCUUCGCUCUCAGGACGGCUCUGCGCCCUCACGAUUCGGAUUCUGCCCCCAACAACUAUUACUACUCAGCGAUCUUCAGAUGGCCGCUCCCACUCUUGGAGGCCUUGGUGAUUCCCACGCUGACAUCGAUUCCCUCGCCCGAUUUGCUGUCCAGCAGCACAACACCAACGAGAAUGCUUUACUGGAGCUCGUUAGGGUUGUGAAGGCGCAAGAACAGGUGGUAGCGGGUAAACUACAUCAUCUUACUCUGGAAAUCCUUGAUGCUGGGAAGAAGAAAAUAUAUGAGGCAAAAAUUUGGGUGAAGCCAUGGAAGGAUUCUAAGGAACUACAAGAAUUCAAGUAUGUUGAAGAUAUUCCUUCUUUUACUUCCUCUGACCUGGGUGUGAAGAAAGCAGAUCAGCAGACUUUGGGAUCGCAAUCAGUGCCGGUGCAUGAUCCACUUGUUCUGGAUGCUGCUCAUCAUGCUGUUAAAACAAUUCAGGGAAGAUCUAACUCACUAUUCCCUUAUGAACUCAGUGAAGUUGUCAAUGCAAAUGCAGAGGUUGUUGAGAUGGCUACUAAAUUUGACAUGCUGCUCAAGGUAAAGAGAGGGGGGAAAGAAGAGAUGUUCAAGGUUGAGGUGCACAGAGAUAGCGAAGGUAGCUUUCAGCUGAACAAGAUGGAAUCCGAUGGUUCCUAAUCGACUUCAAGAAAGAAUGGCUCUGGCUGGCAUACUCCUGCCUUGCCUGGUGUCCAUUACAUCAUGUUUAAUAAUUGUAUGGUUGCUUGCUUUGAGUGUGGGGGUGUGUGUGUAGCUGCAGACCAUGUUCACUGUGACUACUAAGUUAGAUGUGUUGGUCUUUCACUGCAUAUAUUAAGACAUGGGCAAGCUAUGCGGUAAUAAAGGAGGUUGGUUGGUUA